UGACCUCGUCUGGAGUGUCUGGGGGUCAGUUGGGAGAAGGGCAUCGUUGAAGCCUUCUUUCUACUCUCAUGUACUUCGCCUCCUCAAGUCAAGGCCUCUAGUUCCACAUGGAUAGCUGAGAUCUACUCUUGAAGAAAGGCACUUCCCUCCUCCCUCCCACUCCUCUCUCCCCAGCUGACUUUCCUUCUCUUCUGCUGCUUUCUCCCUGCACCUGUUACUCCUGUGCCCACCUGGGGCUGAUUGUUAACGUUUCUCUUUUACCUGCCCAGGACUUGUGUGUGUGCCUCCUUGCUCUUGUGGGUGCUCUGUCUCUUCUGUUUUAUCUCUCUCCCUUCUACCACCCAAGGGAGAUUCACCUCUGAGGGCUGUUCCCUGGCUCGCCCUCUCCACCCUAUCCACCAUGAGCUUCACGCUUCACUCGGUUUUCUUCACCCUGAAGCUGAGUAUCCUGCUGGGCUCCCUGCUGGGGCUGUGCUUGGGCCUAGAGUUCAUGGGCCUUCCCAACCAAUGGGCCCGCUACCUCCGCUGGGAUGCCAGCACACGCAGCGACCUGAGCUUCCAGUUCAAGACCAACGUCUCCACUGGCCUGCUGCUCUACCUGGACGAUGGCGGUGUCUGUGACUUUCUUUGCCUAUCCCUGGUAGACGGCCGUGUGCAGCUCCGCCUCAGCAUGGACUGCGCUGAGACCACCGUGCUGUCCAACAAACAGGUGAAUGAUAGCAGCUGGCACUUCCUCAUGGUGAGCCGUGACCGCCUGCGCACUGUGCUGGUGUUGGAUGGUGAAGGCCGGUCGGGGGAGCUGCAGGCCCAGCGGCCCCACAUGGAUGUCGUCAGUGACUUGUUCCUUGGUGGAGUCCCUGCUGAUAUAAGGUCUUCUGCCCUGACCCUUGAUGGAGUACAGGCCAUGCCCGGCUUCAAGGGAUUAAUCCUGGAUCUCAAGUAUGGCAACUCGGAGCCUCGGCUGCUGGGGAGCCAAGGUGUACAUGUGGAUGCCGAGGGGCCCUGCGGUGAGCGUCCUUGUGAAAAUGGUGGGAUCUGCUUCCUCCUGGAUGGCCACCCUACUUGUGACUGUUCUACCACUGGUUAUGGCGGCAAGCUCUGCUCAGAAGCUCGGGAGGAGAAUGUGGCCACUUUCCGCGGUUCAGAAUACCUGUGCUACGACCUGUCUCAGAACCCGAUCCAGAGCAGCAGUGAUGAAAUCACCCUCUCCUUUAAGACCUGGCAGCGAAACGGGCUCAUCCUGCACACGGGCAAGUCGGCUGACUAUGUCAACCUGGCUCUGAAGGAUGGUGCGGUCUCUUUGGUCAUUAACCUGGGGUCCGGGGCCUUUGAGGCCAUUGUGGAACCAGUAAAUGGAAAGUUCAACGACAACGCCUGGCAUGAUGUCAAAGUGACACGCAACCUCCGACAGGUGACAAUCUCUGUGGAUGGCAUUCUCACCACGACGGGCUACACUCAAGAGGACUACACCAUGCUGGGCUCAGAUGACUUCUUCUAUGUGGGAGGAAGCCCCAGUACUGCUGACUUGCCUGGCUCACCCGUUAGCAACAACUUCAUGGGCUGCCUUAAAGAGGUUGUUUAUAAGAAUAAUGACAUCCGUCUGGAGUUGUCUCGCUUGGCCCGGAUUGGAGAUACCAAGAUGAAAAUCUAUGGUGAAGUGGUGUUCAAAUGUGAGAAUGUGGCCACACUGGACCCCAUCAACUUUGAGACCCCAGAGGCUUACAUCAGCCUUCCCAAGUGGAACACCAAGCGUAUGGGCUCCAUCUCCUUCGAUUUCCGCACCACUGAGCCCAAUGGCCUGAUCCUCUUCACGCAUGGAAAGCCCCAGGAGAGAAAGGAUGCUCGGAGCCAGAAGAACACUAAAGUCGACUUCUUUGCCGUGGAACUUCUUGAUGGCAACCUGUAUUUGCUGCUUGAUAUGGGCUCAGGUACCAUCAAGGUGAAAGCCACACAGAAGAAAGCCAAUGAUGGGGAAUGGUACCAUGUGGACAUUCAGCGAGAUGGCAGAUCAGGUACCAUAUCCGUGAACAGCAGGCGCACUCCAUUUACCGCCAGUGGGGAGAGUGAGAUCCUGGACCUAGAAGGAGACAUGUACCUAGGUGGUCUGCCCGAGAACCGAGCUGGCCUCAUCCUCCCCACCGAACUCUGGACCGCCAUGCUCAACUAUGGCUACGUAGGCUGUAUCCGUGACCUCUUCAUCGACGGGCGCAGCAAGAAUAUCCGGCAACUGGCAGAAAUGCAGAAUGCUGCAGGCGUGAAGUCUUCCUGUUCACGGGUGAGCACCAAGCAGUGUGACAGCUACCCCUGCAAGAACAAUGCGGUGUGCAAGGACGGCUGGAACCGCUUCAUCUGCGACUGCACUGGCACCGGCUACUGGGGAAGAACCUGCGAAAGGGAGGCUUCCAUCCUGAGCUAUGAUGGCAGCAUGUACAUGAAGAUCACCAUGCCUACAGUCAUGCACACGGAGGCAGAGGAUGUGUCCUUCCGCUUCAUGUCCCAGCGAGCUUACGGGCUGCUGGUGGCCACCACAUCCAGGGACUCUGCUGAUACUCUGCGCCUGGAGCUGGAUGGAGGACGUGUCAAGCUCAUGGUGAACCUAGGCAAAGGGCCCGAGACCCUGUACGCGGGGCAGAAGCUCAAUGACAAUGAGUGGCACACUGUACGCGUGGUGCGAAGAGGAAAGAGCCUUAAGCUGACAGUGGACGAUGAUGUGGCUGAGGGUACGAUGGUGGGAGACCAUACCCGAUUGGAGUUCCACAAUAUUGAAACUGGGAUCAUGACAGAGAAGCGUUACAUCUCGGUUGUACCCUCCAGUUUUAUUGGGCACCUGCAGAGCCUCAUGUUCAAUGGUUUGCUCUACAUUGACUUGUGCAAAAAUGGUGACAUUGAUUACUGCGAACUGAAGGCUCGUUUUGGAUUAAGGAAUAUUAUCGCUGACCCUGUCACCUUCAAGACCAAGAGCAGCUACCUGAGCCUUGCCACCCUCCAAGCCUAUACCUCCAUGCAUCUCUUCUUCCAGUUCAAGACCACGUCAGCUGAUGGCUUCAUUCUUUUCAAUAGCGGAGAUGGAAAUGACUUCAUUGCAGUUGAGCUGGUCAAGGGGUACAUACACUAUGUGUUUGACCUUGGAAAUGGCCCCAAUGUGAUUAAAGGCAAUAGUGACCGUCCUCUGAAUGAUAACCAGUGGCACAAUGUCGUCAUCACCCGGGACAACAGUAACACCCACAGCCUAAAGGUGGACACCAAAGUGGUCACCCAGGUUAUCAAUGGUGCCAAGAACCUGGAUUUGAAAGGUGACCUGUACAUGGCGGGUCUGGCUCAAGGCAUGUACGGCAACCUGCCAAAGCUUGUGGCCUCGCGGGAUGGUUUUCAAGGCUGUCUGGCUUCCGUGGACUUGAAUGGGCGCCUGCCAGACCUCAUCAAUGAUGCCCUGCAUCGGAGCGGACAGAUCGAGCGAGGCUGUGAAGGACCCAGUACAACCUGCCAGGAAGAUUCCUGUGCCAACCAAGGGGUCUGCAUGCAGCAGUGGGAAGGCUUCACUUGUGACUGUUCCAUGACUUCUUACUCUGGCAACCAGUGCAAUGAUCCUGGAGCUACGUACAUCUUUGGGAAAAGCGGUGGCCUCAUCCUCUACACCUGGCCAGCCAAUGACAGGCCCAGCACACGCUCUGACCGCCUUGCAGUGGGCUUCAGUACCACAGUGAAAGACGGCAUCUUGGUCCGCAUUGACAGUGCUCCAGGACUUGGUGAUUUCCUGCAGCUUCAUAUAGAACAGGGGAAAAUCGGAGUUGUCUUCAAUAUUGGCACAGUUGAUAUCUCCAUCAAAGAAGAGAGAACCCCGGUAAAUGAUGGCAAAUACCAUGUGGUUCGCUUCACCAGAAACGGUGGCAACGCCACGCUCCAGGUGGACAACUGGCCAGUGAACGAGCAUUACCCCACAGGCAACACUGAUAAUGAACGCUUCCAAAUGGUAAAACAGAAAAUCCCCUUCAAAUAUAACCGACCAGUAGAGGAGUGGCUGCAAGAAAAAGGCCGGCAGUUAACCAUCUUCAACACCCAGGCGCAAAUAGCCAUUGGUGGAAAGGACAAGGGACGUCUCUUCCAAGGCCAGCUCUCUGGGCUCUAUUAUGAUGGUCUGAAAGUACUGAACAUGGCAGCUGAGAACAACCCAAAUAUUAAAAUCAAUGGAAGUGUCCGACUGGUGGGAGAAGUUCCAUCAAUCUUGGGAACAACACAGACAACCUCGAUGCCACCAGAAAUGUCUACCACUGUCAUGGAAACCACCACUACAAUGGCGACUACCACAACCCGCAAGAAUCGUUCCACUGCCAGCAUUCAGCCAACAUCAGAUGACCUUGUUUCAUCUGCUGAAUGUUCAAGUGAUGAUGAAGAUUUCGUUGAAUGUGAGCCGAGUACAGGUAGGUCAGGAGGUGAAUUAGUUAUUCCUCUUCUUGUAGAAGACCCCUUAGCUACCCCUCCUAUUGCUACUCAUGCACCUUCCAUUACUCUCCCCCCUACCUUUCGCCCCCUCCUCACCAUUAUUGAGACCACCAAAGAUUCCCUGUCCAUGACCUCUGAGGCGGGGUUACCUUGCCUGUCGGACCAAGGCAGCGAUGGUUGUGAUGAUGAUGAUGGCUUGGUGAUUUCUGGGUAUGGCUCAGGGGAAACCUUUGACUCUAACCUGCCCCCUACUGAUGAUGAAGAUUUUUACACCACCUUCUCCUUGGUAACAGAUAAGAGUCUUUCCACUUCAAUCUUCGAAGGUGGCUACAAAGCACAUGCGCCCAAGUGGGAAUCCAAGGACUUUAGACCUAACAAAGUCUCCGAAACUAGUAGGACUACUACCACAUCUUUAUCCCCUGAGCUGAUCCGCUUCACAGCUUCCUCCUCGUCUGGGAUGGUGCCCAAAUUGCCAGCUGGCAAAAUGAAUAACCGUGAUCUCAAACCCCAGCCUGACAUAGUCUUGCUUCCGUUGCCCACUGCCUAUGAGCUAGACAGCACCAAACUGAAGAACCCACUAAUUACUUCCCCCAUGUUCCGUAAUGUGCCCACAGCAAACCCCACGGAGCCGGGAAUCAGACGGGUUCCGGGGGCCUCAGAGGUGAUCCGGGAGUCGAGCAGUACAACAGGGAUGGUCGUCGGCAUUGUGGCUGCUGCCGCCCUCUGCAUCCUCAUCCUCCUGUACGCCAUGUACAAGUACAGGAACAGGGACGAGGGGUCCUAUCAAGUGGACGAGACGCGGAACUACAUCAGCAACUCGGCCCAGAGCAACGGCACGCUCAUGAAGGAGAAGCAGCAGAGCUCCAAGAGCGGCCACAAGAAACAGAAAAACAAGGACAAGGAGUAUUACGUGUAACCGCCACAACACCAAGGCGCGCUGCCUCCCCGACAGCGGCGUAUCGCUCUCAAGAAGUGAAGGAUUUUGACCAUGAGUUUUUACAGGUGUCACAACUGUGCUAACUAGGAGACGGGGUAUACCAUAACUUUGGUGGGGAAAACCAUUUUUCACAGGACGCACUCACAGAUGUCUCUCUCCAGUGCAACCAGGGCUGCGACGGUGCAACCACAGCAGCUCGGAGACAGCUCAUCCUGCCCUGCACACACUUAGCGCCCUGGAGCAAGCCGGUGGCUCCUCUGCUUUCCCGGACCGGGAAUCUUUCUUCUCACCAGGACCUUUUGCAAAAGGUACAAGACUUCCUGGCCCACUUGUUCCAUAACUCCAAGUGGGCCUGUAAUGUUCGUGAAGCUUGACUGUAACCAUGUUUUCUCUUUCUGUUUCAUUAUGUAAAAAUAAACAAUUUAAAACAUUUUAAAAAAAUAACAAAAUUCCAACAAAAUGAAAUUAAAAAAAAAAAACUAUACACAACCUUUAUCUGGUUCUGGCUAGUGUGAGUGUAACUUUUCAAGAUCUGAGGGGAAAAAAUGGUUUUUGGGUUUGUUCGUUUCUUUAAUUUUUUUUUUUGAAUGACUGGAUGUUAUUAAAAAUGAAGAAGAAAAAAAAAGCAACUCAGAGAGACUAUUUGCCAUAUGAACUCAAAAGCUACCGUGACAUUCUCUCUACACAUCAGGUUGUGGUGUCUCUAUAAUCUGUUGUUUGUUUCCUGUAAAAUGCUUUGUUGAACACAUAGGAAAAACCAUGGGUUGGAUGAUACUAUUGAUUUAAAAAGCUGUCCCCCCAGGAUCUAAUGCCACAAUUUGCCACCCAGACCCUCAACAGGAGGGCUUAGGGCUGGUUCUUCUCAAAGCUAUUGGCUUAAUCUUAUUCCCUUCCAUGAAGCCAGCCAAAUUGUAUUCAAGGGGAGCGCCCCCACAAUUUAAAACAGCUUUUCCUAGCAAGGGGAAGGGGGUGGGCUGGAUCUGUAACUGAUCAAAGUGCAUGUAAAUACUGAUUUGAACAAGACAAUACCAAGGUCUGUGGAAAAUCAGACAAUAGGGGAGUUCAACCUGUGGUGGAACCGCAAAAGGUCACACAAGCCGAACAUCUCAUGACAGAGUACAGAAUACAUUGUUCUUUCCCCACCCCCAACAAUCCAAUGGUCUUCAUUGUGGUUUAAUUUUAUAGCCUGAUACUCACAGAGAACUCCCUAACUUCCAUGUGCUCACUUCUCCCUUUGUGCAUCUUUUUUAAAAACAAAUAAAUAAAUGAAUAAAGCUGCUGUGACACACACACAAAAGGAAUUUAAUAGUAUAAUAUAUAUAUAAAUGAAUAUAUAGAGAUAUAUUUAUCAUGGUAUGUUUGAUGGGAUGACUGAUACAGGGAAUCUGUUAAAGUCUGGAAGUGGAACGACAAUGUCGUUUUCAAAGAAAAUGACACAACAACACAAAAGCAAACCUAAAAAUGUGAAGAAAGUGUGAGUUUUCGUUCUGUCACAGUUAACUGUCAGAGAAUUUAAUGAAAAAAAAUCUCAGAUUUUGUUUACAUAUUUUACUACAUUUUUGCUGGUAUAAUUCCUUAGCCACCUAUGUAUAUACUGCUUUAAGAACUGUUAUUUCCUUUUUCUAUGUUUAUUUCAG